UUAUUUCGGAGCAAUUUUGAGGUUGGUUCGCCCUUUCUGACAUAAACGUAACGUGACAAUAAUGUUAUUAUAAAUAAGUUAAAUAAGUGGACAUUAUCUUUAAACGCAAGAUCUUUUUGAACGCAAGAUGGCACAUUUAUCACAAUUGAUUUCUUUUGGAUUACAAAACGCCCGGCAAAUUCUAGUAUCCUGCAAUAUUAAUAAUUUAGCAAAAUUAUGUGUCAGGCAUGCUUCAAAGAAAAGCGGUACUAGCACGAGCAACACGGGUGGCCAUCCUAGACCAAAACACAGAGGAUGGAAAGUACAGGAUGGGGCUACGGUACAAGCAGGCAUGAUAUUGGCUACACAACGGACAACUAGAUUCCAUCCAGGUCUUCAUGUUGGUUUUGGACGAAACGGAACUUUAUUUGCCAUUGAAUCAGGCAAAGUAGCGGUAACUUGUGAGAAAAUCGAUCCCAACUGGAAGCAUUUUUGGGUCAAACGCAACUAUGCCGGCCGUGAAAAUCAAGUUAUAUAUAAGAAAUACUUUAAUGUUAUUCCUGAGCCUCAACACAAUAGAUUCGUAUUGAUAGACAAAAUAUAAAUAUAUAUGUAUAGAAAAUGUGUAAAAAUUUUUUCACCGUCUCAAAAUUUCUAAUGUUUAAUAAAUGUAUUCUUGAUUAUAAAUAUAGAUAUUGUAUAAAAGUAACUAUACUGACCUUUUACUACACAGUUCAAAUAGAAGAUAAUAGAAAAUUGAAGUGUAAUUAGAAUUAUUAAUUUUUAAUCUACGAUAAAUGUAAUAAAAUUUUAUGAAACGCGCAUUAUAUGUGUGAAACAUGUCUGUAAGUACUUGUCCGUAAGAAAUAACAUCUUAAAAGAAACAAUUAAAAAUAAAUAUAAAUAAAUAUCUUUUUAAGCAAAAAAA